AGCUUGCCUCAGUGUGCUUUGGAGAUUACUUGGCCUCCCCGAAAAAAGCUUCACCAUGGUCGACGCCUUCUGUGCCACUUGGAAACUGGUCGACAGUGAGAAUUUUGAUGAGUACAUGAAAGCACUCGGUGUUGGCUUUGCCACCCGUCAGGUUGGAAAUGUGACCAAGCCGACUGUAAUCAUCAGCCAGGAGGGUGACAAGGUGGUGGUUCGCACCCAGAGCACCUUCAAGAACACUGAGAUCUCCUUCAAGCUGGGAGAGGAGUUUGAUGAAACCACCGCCGAUGACAGGAACUGCAAAUCCACGGUGACCAUGGACGGAGACAAGUUGGUCCACGUCCAGAAGUGGGACGGCAAAGAGACCAAGUUUGUCAGAGAAGUCAAGGAUGACAAGAUGGUCAUGAAUUUGACCUUUGAAGACAUCCAUGCGGUGCGUAGCUAUGAGAAGGCAUGAGUGCUCCAACUGACAGCAUCCUAACCCGGCCAAGAGGUGUUGAUUUUUAUAAUUAUUAUGGACUGUAUGCUUCUCUUUGCACUUCAUCCUCCUCCGCAUGUACACGGCCACACAUGUUUUGUAAUGUUUUUUUUUUAUAUGAAAACAUUUCUGUCAUUCUGAAUUGGUCGUAUUUGCAACCCUGUGUACAACAUUAAAUAAAAAAAAACACAGAGAG